AUGUCUCGCCGUCCGACCCCGAAUCAGGCCGCCCAGAACCAGCAGGUCAUUAAGAGUCUGCUCAAGCUUGAUCCGAACAAGACAUGUGCCGAUUGCAAGCGCAACAAACAUCCGCGAUGGGCGUCUUGGAACCUGGGAAUCUUUAUUUGUAUUCGUUGCUCCGGAAUUCAUAGGGGUAUGGGUACACAUAUCAGCAGAGUGAAGUCCGUGGAUCUCGAUGCGUGGACCGAUGAACAACUUCAGAGUGUGGUUAAAUGGGGCAAUGCGAGAGCUAAUAAAUAUUGGGAGGCGAAACUUGCGCCCGGUCAUGUUCCCUCAGAAGCGAAGAUCGAGAAUUUUAUCCGCACCAAGUACGAUUCUAAGCGUUGGGUAAUGGAUGGGGGUAUGCCCGACCCGUCGACCCUGGAAGCCGGUGACGAUGAUGUGCCCCUUGCUGUCGUCCAGGAAAAGGCCAAACUUGAGCGCUCGGCCUCCCAACGACCACCGGUUUCUAGGAACCCCCCUCCCCCAGCACAACACAAACAAACGGCGUCGGUCAGCCUCUUCGAUGAUGAUGAGGUCGUUUCUCCUCCAGCGCGGCCUAGUACGACAGACCCUACGCCGCGUGUACAGCCGCCCCAGCAACCGCAGUCAGCUCCGAAACAGCACCGUGCAAACGACUCGUUGCUUGGACUCGAUUUCUUUGGUAGCCCUCAGCCCGUGCCCUCCAGCCGUCCAGCCAGCAUUUCGUCUACGCCUACGGGUUCUUCGGGAAUGUCGCGACCAGACUUGAAGCAAUCCAUCUUGUCGCUUUACGCGAAACCUCAGCCGGCUCCCGUCCAACAUCAGCGCCAGCCAUCAUUCGGAGACAUGGCCUCUCCGCCACCCCCAUCUGCGUCAUCGUCGAACAUGGGUGGUUUGACCGAUGCGUUCAGUGGAUUGUCAUUCCCAUCCACCACCUCUCCACCCCCGAAGCCCGCGGAAAAACCAUCUCCGUUCGCCAACCUCGCGAGCUAUGCCAGUGCAAAGUCGUCUCCUGCAGCCCCCAAACUGUCCUCUCCAACCGCAUCAGCCAGUGGCGGUGCAGGCGUCAGCUUAUUUGACAGCCUGACAUCCCCAACAGCUCCUCCGCAAUCUAAGCCUCAGUCGCAUACCACCUCGAUCUCUUCUGGACAAGACUUCUUCGGAGGCUUUGCGUCUCCAUCGCUGCAACCCCAACAAAGCAAGCCCCAGCCCCCGCCAGCCCCGUCAGCUUCGGACGAUCUCUUUGGUCUUGCAUCCCCGCCUUUAGCCACCACCGCUUCCCCACCGCCCAAGCCGAAGGUAUCAUCUCCUCAGGAGGAGAUGAAGUCAGUCUUCAACCUGAACCCAUCACCCGCACCUGCUCCUAAACCCGUGACCUCCCCCUCCGUGUCAACGCCGGCCGUGACAGCCAACAUUCCCCCGUCGAGCAUCGACCCAUGGGGAGGCGACAACGCAUGGUCCAACCCGGACCCUGAACCCGCCGCUCCUGCUGCCCCUUCAACGGCUGAUAUGAUGAAAGUCCCCGAGACCAUAACCGCAAAUGACAUUUCUCCUGGCGGUUGGGGUGCCUCGUCUUCCAAGCCCGCUCCGACAGUCGCUGCUGACGAGGACUUUGGCGGCUGGGAGAGCGCAGCACCUGUUUCUUCUACGACGGCUUCUACUAAACCGGCUGGCGGGUUUGGUGGUGCUGAUGAUUUGUUUUCGAAUGUUUGGGAGUAA